AUCAUAAGUUACUUCCCCUACCGGAAAUAUUACCAUAGAGAUUUAACAUUGAAUGUAUUGUAAAACAGCUGUAAAAUUGAAAACUACAUUUAACAAAAACAAAUAAUCUAUCAUGAGCUUAACAACCAGUUCUGGAGACUCGGGGAAGCAGCCCCUGUCUACUGCUGAUGUUGUUCCACCUCUAGCUGCACCCGAGGCUGUCAAGUUCUUGGAGGCUAUAGUGCCAGAAGUAGACUACAAAUAUUUGCUAUUUGAGGACAACCUAGUGACCACAUCAGAUACAGGCAAAGAGCUUGGGGAGUUCAAGGUCACGAUUGAGCCAACCAAACACAAAGGUCAGGAAUGCUUUCUGGUUCACGCCAACAGCCACGGAGCCAUCGACGGUGUACCAUGCGGAACAUCCAUCAUAGCCUAUGUGGGCAACAAUCUGGAGACACUAGACCAACAGCAUCAUGAAUAUGUCAAGCUGGAGAAUUGUCCCUUAGACAGAAAAACAUUUAUAGUUAGACAAGAAGACGGCAGUUUUGUGGUCAACAGGGUCAUUACGCAGGGGGAGGACAUACAGCGCUCAUCUAAAACAGUUUCAUCUGAGCAUAUGAGAGGGUUUAUUUCAGAAGGCUCCAACCUGAUGUUACAUAGACUGUUCUGCUUGUUAUUUGCAGGCUCCAACCUGAUGUUACAUAGACUGUUCAUAGAGAAAGGCAUCCCAGACUCUCUACAGUUGGUCUCCUUUGACUCAGAUACAAACCUCUGCCCUGCUAUUUAUAGAAGGCUAGAGGAGCGAACCCAGACAGUGGAGAAGACUGAACUCAAGGUGUACGGUAUAGAGAGAACCAUCAACUCCACAGUGGACCUGCCCACUACCUGGCAGUCUUACUUUAUGGAGGACGGACAUCUCACUAACAGAGUGCAGGUUGGGUCUCCAGUAACAAUGAAGCUGUCCUUUGUACCCCCAUACAUUGUCAGAGAUGAGGAGCCCCCCAAGCCCACGUUUGAGAAGCAGCCUCUGAGAUGGGAGGAGGAUGCACAGCUCUACUCACAGUUCCUGGACAGAAAGGAAGAGUUGAAGGCGGACCAUGCCAAAUAUAUGCACCACCAUCCAGAGCUGAAGGCGCUUCUCGCAGACUUCAUGCAGUUCCUGUUACUACGGAAACCAGAUGAUGUCAUAGCGUUUGCCGCCGAGUACUUUGCUGCGUUCUCCACGUCCAUACCUUCCCCCACCCCCUACCUGGCCUCCAGCUCUGUGACUCCAUUCCCAAACAGCCGAACAAACACAAAGAUUGACCAGCUUAGAGCCCCUACCAGAUAAUUCAUUAGUGACGUUUUUAUCUGAAGUGGUUCUAGCAGUGUUUUUGUCAUGAGUAAGCUAGUUGCAAGCAACUUUUAUUAAUUUGUUGACUUGCAUUUAAAAUGUUGUUGAUUGGAACCAAUUGAAUGUAAGGAUUUUUUGCGAGAUCUGAAAUUGAAAGCAAAAUCUUUUAAUCAGUUGACUUGUAUUUUCUGUGUAACAUUAAAUAAUUAUUCUUGAUUUGUCAGCUUUUUGCGGACAAAAGACCAUGUUUUUGAAAGAAGGUUUUCUUUGUUGUUAGAAAAGACAAAGUUUACAGGCUAAAAUUAGUGAGAGGUGCAUACAAUGUCCUUGUUUUGACUAUCAAACUCUGUGAAUGUCUGUUGAUACAUUGUACUGUUGUAUAGUCUUUGUAUACACUCAACUUUAGACUACUUAUUUAUGUUUUAUAUAUUUCUGUGAUAUGGCUGCCAUGUCUGUACAGCGUAAAUGUCUCAAUGUUUAUUAUCGAUGAAUAAAUAACAAAGACUGUUUCCUCACAAGUA